AUACGCUUCGUGACGCUGAAUCUGUGUUCAUUUAUACUAGUUGUGUUUACUGGAUAGUUGCUAAAUCGCUGAAAUGGCAAGAACAAAACAAACGGCUCGUAAAUCGACUGGUGGCAAAGCUCCCCGAAAGCAGCUUGCUACCAAAGCGGCCCGCAAGAGCGCUCCCGCCACCGGUGGAGUGAAGAAGCCACAUCGUUAUAGGCCUGGUACAGUAGCUCUGCGAGAGAUUCGUCGCUACCAGAAAUCCACCGAAUUGCUUAUCCGCAAAUUGCCUUUCCAGCGUUUGGUAAGAGAAAUCGCUCAAGAUUUUAAGACCGAUCUUCGUUUCCAGAGCUCUGCUGUCAUGGCUCUGCAGGAGGCUAGUGAGGCUUAUUUGGUUGGUUUGUUCGAAGACACCAACCUUUGUGCUAUCCACGCCAAGCGAGUGACCAUCAUGCCCAAAGACAUCCAGCUGGCUCGUCGUAUUCGUGGGGAACGCGCCUAAGGACACCGACUCGAAACUCCCCGUAUUAAAAAAA